CCAGUUCGUUCUGUACCAGUUCCAUACCAGAACAAACUGGUACUUUGAGCAUUUACUUCAUCUUCGGUAGGCUGCUAAUCUUGCCGAAGGAAACCUCCAAUCUGGAGGGCUGAAAGGAUAUGUGUGGCAGGAUACUCUCGGUGGUUACCACUGCCCUUCGGAAAAUUUCGGAAAAACCAGUGGUGUUCGUGGAUUUGAACUCGAAUCUUUUCGUUCAUUUGUUUACUAAGCAGCGCACAUUUCUCUCAGCGCCACACUCGCCACACGAUUUAACGUCCUCAAAUCAUCGAAUAUCGUUUUCGCAUCAGACUCUCUACCCAUUUGAAAACGCUUCCUUGUCAAGGAAAAAUCGAGCCGUCUUUACAGCUAUCGAUAAGAUAAAUACGUAAAAGAAUUAAAUUUCAAGGAGAAAAAAUUACUAGUAAUCGACAUCACACGUUGUUCAAUUAAUUUCAAAUAAAUUAAAAAUGUUUUAACCAUAGAUACCAAACGACGCAAAAUUGAAAAGUACAACGUUGGAAAGUUUGAAAUUAUAAAAAAAAUGUUUAAGUUGAACUAAUUUCAUCCUAUAUUAGCUUUUAUUUAUUUACUCCGUGUAUAUCAUAUUAUUAAGUUAUUGCAUAUCUCUGACGAUUGCAUGCGAGAUAAGGCAUUCAGAGAAUAUUGCCGGCUAUUAAUUGAGUGUAUCUCCUUAUCAUUUGUCGCGAUAAGGCCCGAUGAGAUAAAUGAUAAGGCUCGCGAGUGGCGUCGGUUUUUUAGUGCGCUCGUUUUCAACGACACCGUGUACAUAUGUUUAGAAAUUCUGAAAUCUGCCAAUUCUUAUAAACGAAGCUCUUUCCGUCGCCAUGCUGCGACGACUGCGAGCACUCAAGUCGAUAGCCCCGCCGGCGACACCGUUGCAGGACUUCACCUACCACUGGAAACAAUUGAUGAACUUCUACGUGAGUCACCUGACCGACUGCAAGGUACCGGUGCAAAACACCAGCAUACCCCGACACCUGGACGUGCUGCUGGACAUUCUGCUGCAAGAGGAGAAAGAGGAGAAUGAGCCGGGGCCCUGCCUGGAAUACCUACUACAGCACAAGCUCCUGGACCUACUGGCGACCCUAGCAAGCGCGGAGACGCCGCCUGGUAUGCGAACGGUCUGCCUCGCCUUCCUGAGGAAACUUCUGGGCAGGUCCAAGUACCCCUUGCUGCACCACGCGUCCAUCUACGCGCCGAUACAACGGCUGGUUGCGCUCUGCAACGGCAACCCGCCGUCGCCGAUCGAGGCCGAGGAGGUGCAAUUCUUGCUAACAAUCUGCUUCCUGGUGUGCAAAUACCCUCAUGUGACCAACAUCAUCAAUGACGCGCCAGUUGUGCAGGCAGUCAACAACCCUGCCAAGAAGGAUAACGAGAGAACGGAGAUCCAGAAGGUGACGUACGUCCCGACCAGAAAGAGGAACAAUUCCAACCCCUUGUUCGAGCCCUUGGACACCCAAGCGAUCACGUUGGUCAGCCCGAAUCUCUUUGAUAAGGAACGCCGGAGGCUGCCACGUUCGAAUCAUGUUUUCAAGGCGACCGCAUCAGAUCCUGGACGCCUGUCCAGGAGAUCGAACGAGUCCGUGUCCUCGAGGGAGGAGAGCAUCUCGUCGAGUCCUCUGGCCCGAAAGUCCGUUUGCGACUCGCCGUCGUUGGACACGAAGAGUAACGAGCGGUGGGGGGAGAAGGGCGGGGCAGAUUCCUCGGGUAGUAAAAUCGAUGAACAUUUACAAAACUUGCGGGACCUGCGAUUAAAUACCGAUUGCAACGUCUACGAUGACGCGAGCUACGUGGCGGGUGAUAAUCAGAGUUUAAAGUCGCCGAAGACGCCGCAGAAGUCCAAGUGUCUCUUACUGGACGCCCUGAUGAGCUACUUAAACAGCGCGGACAACACCGUAAGAAUACGAGCGUGCGAGGGAAUAAUGGUUCUGGCGUCUCUGGAUGAUCCCUCGUUCGCGCAAACAGUGGCCAGGAGCGGGCUAUCGUCGAUAGUCUCGACACGUCUGGAGAACCUGUUCAACGCCAUCCCGGCGCACGUGGACUACCUGGACAUCUACAACGUGGACGUCACGUGGGGCCUGGACUCGCCGCUGUGGACCCAGGAGAAGAAGUUCCCCGGUUGUCGGCAAGUGGCGGCGUUCUUCAUGUGGUACGACUACUGCGACCAGCUGAUCAGGGAGGCCCAGAUGGAGCUCGCCGAGACGCUGGCGAGGACCAUUCGAGUGAUGUUCUUCGAGAGGAUAGUAACGCCCGCCCUGGCCGAUCACCACGUCGUACUUAUCACAGCCCUCGUCGCCAAGUGCUUGAAGGAAACGACCUCGUCCAUCUUGUGUACAGAGGUGAGUUACUGGUUGGUCGGGCAAGACAGGGAUUCAGAAAUACCGAACGUGUGGACCUCGCCGGUACUGCACAGGCUGAUAGAGAACUGCUUCACGGACAGUAACGAUCUCACGGUGGAAACGUUGAAGUUGUUCGAGGAGGCAAUAGACAAAAGAAGCGAGCAUAUAUUGCACUGUCUCUUGCUGAUUUAUCUGUCCACUCGUGCGUAUUACGAUAACACCGCCGCUGAUAGCGCUAUCGCUUCGUGGAGCGAUGAGGAGGACGAGAGGGAGAAGGAGAAGAAGGGAUCCCUGGACCUUUCCUACGAGCAAAAUCACAGCCGCACUUUGGCGCCGAGUAAUAUCCACCGAGUUAUCAAUUGCUUCCUGUCGUUGAUGCCACGUUACUUGCAAACAAACCCGGACGUCAAUAACUACGAGAAGUACAUGCCGGCUUGGGAACACCAGUACACUUCGGUACUGUCCGACUGCGCCCUAAUGGCGUGGCCGUUGGAAGCGGUGAUGGUAGACGACUCGGCAAGUUCCGAUUCGCGACCGGAGGCCGAUCAUUGCUCGGGUCGAUUUUACAUGGGGCCGUUCCUGAAUAUGCUCUUCGACAAGAUCAGCAACAUGCCGAAACAGUCGUACGAAGUCAACUUGGAGGUCACAGGGUUGAUCUCCAGACUGGCGCUACUCCCGCACCCGUACCUGCACGAGUUCCUGCUGAACCCUCUGCUACCUCUGAUACCCGGCACGAAGAGCCUGUUCUCGUGCCUACAGAAGGUUGUCAAGCAGCUCGUUAGCGAGAUACCAAAGACGCCGGAGAGUAAAAUGAUGCUGACAGAGACGAGGCGAAGAUUGUUGAGCUGUCCGCAAGAAGAGGAGAAGGAAAACAUUCUGUACGAAAGCGCUAUAGUGACGGAGGAAUUUUGCAAAGAUCUUGCAGCGAUAGCAUACGUCAAGUACCAUCAUUCUGUUUAACAGACUUCUAACACAUUUGUUAGAUAGAAUGGCAAAACUUGAAUAAUUUAUAGAUAUCAAUAUGUCGAAAUCAUAUAUCUUGUACUUUAAGUAGCAAAUACUUUUUGUGAUGACUUUGUAAGAUAUAUAAGUCUGUAAUUAAGUAUGAUACAUUUAAUUACACUAUUAUUAUCGAGAAUCUUA